UUUCAUUCAAAACUAUUUCAUUUCUAUUUUUUCGAUAUUUUGUUAAUAAAUUAUAAAAAAAUAGCAAAAGAAAAUUGAAAUUUUAAUUUAUAAUGGCAAGACAAAAUUAUUUAAGAGAUAAAGAAUAUUUUAUGUUGACUGCCAUAUUAGCAGCACAACGUUCAAAAGAUCCAAAAACUCAAGUUGGAGCUUGCAUUGUUGAUAAUGAAAAUCGUAUUGUUGGUAUUGGUUAUAAUUCUAGCACAAAGGAUUUUUGUGAUGAGGACUUACCAUGGGAUAAACCUGAAAAACAUUUAUAUGUUGUACAUGCAGAAGAAAAUGCAAUAUUAAAUAAAAAUAUUGCUAAUAUAAAUGGUGCCAAAAUUUAUGUUACAUUAUUCCCUUGCAAUAAAUGUGCUCAAUUAAUAAAACAAAGUGGUAUUAAAGAAGUUAUAUUUUGUUGUGAUAAAGAUAAUGAAAAAGAUUAUAAUAUAGCAUCUAAAAAAAUUUUGGAAGGAAUUGCACUUACAAAAUAUGUUUUAAAAACUAAAAAAAUAUCUUUUACUUUUGAUGAUACUGAAAAAAUUAGUGCUGAAAUUUCAAAAAGGUCUACUGAUGAUAUUUCACAAGAAGGUAGCCAAUAUUGUAGUCUCCAAUUGGAAGAUCUUUGAAAUUUUGUAGAUAUUAAAAUGGUUUUAAUAAAUGAAUGAUAUGUAAAUUUUUGAUUUAUUAAUUUUAUAAGUAAAUAGCUGCAUAACCUUAAUUUUUUUUCAAAAUUAUACAUAAUUUUAUUAAUUUACCCUAAUUAAUUCUAUAUUUUGAGCUUUUAUU